UUCCAAACGAAAAAAAUGGAAAAUACAUUCGUUAACAGACAACUAAAAGAAAUACUCAAGAAUGCAGCGAAGUGGUGCAACGAAAGUAAGGCUAAGAUGUAUUAUAGUAUACACUUGCAGCUCCCAAAAAGAAGCAGUACUACUGAACGUUUAACGCCAAGAAAGAUAUACUCUAUGCUUAAAAUUUAUAUAUUUAAUCUGACUGUUCACUCUUCUAUUUUCAGUACGAAAAUUUGUACAUUCACUAGCUACAACUGUUUGAUCGCUAAGAAAUUAACUAACCACCUUUAGACACAUAAGUUGAGCAGAAUAAAAAGAAAGAAAACAGAAAAAUCUUUUUUGAAUAAUCUGAUAGCAUGGCGCUUUCUCUUGCUAAACGAUAUACAAAGGCAAUACAUUAGUGCCCUCAAUUUGGUACGAUUUUAGUGUUCUUUAUGUUGCGGUCGGCAAAAUUUGGUCAAUCAAGAAUAUAGAAUAGUAAUUAACAUUGAUAAGGAAGACACUAAGCGGUUUAAUGUUUAUCAGUUGCAAUUUUGAAUAUUUAAAUAAGCUUAUGUUUCGAGUUGCUAGGGGCAUCGUUCUUAUCUUUGUGUAAUUACGCAUCAAUUCGAUUGUCCAAUAGCUAAGUUAGCUACUCUUGCCAUAAUUAUGACGUCAAGGUUGUUAAUAGCUCUAGAGGAUGAUGUAUGAAAAACGUCACAUACUGUGCUCGAGAGGUUGACGUUUAAUUGCACCGCCUCGUGUCAAUGUGUAUUAUGUGAAACAGCAGCAGGUGCGUGCAGAUGCAAAUGUAAUGCUAACACAUAACGAGAUAGAUACGUAGGUGGAACUAAUUUAUCUAUGUUUACUAUCAUUUUUGGGAAAAGAGCUCUCAUCGGUUAUCACUCGAUCUAUAGAUAUCGAUUGCCAUUGCCACCAGCAAGACAGCGGCUUUUUAUCGACCUGCACUUCCAACUCAAGUGCGUUAUCAUUAGUUGGAUCGACUUGCUAGACUACACUGGUCUCAUAAUGAAUUAUGAUGCUGAAGAAACAAUUAUAUUAGUUGGUCCUGACCGCGAAGUUCUUCAAGACUUCGAUAAGACGUUGGCUAGUUUUGUUCCGAGAUACAAAACCAAAGAUGUACAACUAUAUUCGGGAAAAGAGCUGUUGCAGGCGAAUUUAGAUUUCAGUCGAAAUCAUGCCAAGUGCUUUUUGGUAAUGCCACGUGCUAGCCGCACUCUUGUGUACAUCGAAGGCGAUAGCUGUAGCAUGUACCAGGAAAUCAGACACAUUUGUGUGGACAAAAAUGGAGAAUGGCAUCGAGACCGGGCUUUCAUCGUACUCUACCAAAACAAAAACGUCACCAACCUUUAUGACGGCGAUGAAAUCUCGGUAUGGUGGAAUUGUGGGCCUCAAAAAGAAUUAAAGCAGUUUGCAGAAGCAGAUCAGUUGAUCAGCUUUAAAGAACUGAACGAGCGUCAAAAGGAAGCAAUUGUCAAAUUUCUAGGAUAUGAAAAAAUAAUCACGCAACAGCCAACUUCACAAGAUAUAGAUAAUGAGGCGACUUCACCAGUCCUUCAACUAAUUGAGGAAACUUGCACUUGCUGUCUGUUAAAAGUUCUUUGGACAAGAGUAACGGCUACAUGGUUUAUGUUUGAUUUACAAUUUCUGCUAGACAGAGAGAAUUGUUUAGUUUGCAAUUGUGUAUGUGACUGCUAGAAUAUCAAUUAUUAGUAAACUGAAUCAUGUCGUGUUACAAAUAAUUGCUUUGAGUACAAUUUUCUACGUGUUUUCCUUCACACUUACUUUGUACAGAAGUACAUUCAUAUAUGAAUUU